UGUCGCAAUCAAAUGUGCUAAACGGUGCCAGAACACUAUAUAACGGUGGACGCACUUUACCUCCAGGCAUUCGAGUCUUUAGGGUCUAAGACAAGAUAGGCAUAUGGCUGCUCUGGGUUUUCUCCUCGUUAUCGCGGUUGUGGCUGUAAGUCUGGCACGUGAGAGUCUGACAAGCGAUCCCUGCUCAAGAGUCAUUGGAGCUGACACUCCUUCUCCCAAGGAGCUCAAUCAGACUUUCAGAUCGUGCCGCACCGGCUCAGUGAGUUGGAACUUCCCUCUCGACACUUUGAACGUGACAAUCCGAAGGCCGAGACGGUGGUGGCCGUGCAUGCGACUGUGUUUCAAAGUGCCGUUUUACGGAGCACAGAUGACAGUGCGCGAAACUGGCGAAACUGUCUUCAAGGAAACGUUUACGACGACGGGUAGUCUCGGCAGUCUCCUUCCUGCUCCUAAACCCAGAUGCCUCGAGACCACAGCUAGCCAGUUCGGCGCCACAAUUCAUGCGAAUCCGGACCUUAAUGCCUACGUGUGGAAAACCUCGUUUGUAGCAAGUCCGUGCACUGAGUGUGAAAGGUGUCAAGGCGAAGCACUCGUUGAGUUGUACCGUCGUUCAUCAUACGCUGCCAUAGUCAAAGUGACUAACGUUCUAAGAACGGAUGAUGUAGUGAAAGUCAGUUUCACGCUGAAUAAAUAUUUCUCUCGUGGAAAGGGUCGCGGCUCCAUUACGAAUGAUUCCAUGCUGGUUACUACCGACACGUGCAAUAAGAUGUUGAGAAGUGGAAAAAAAUAUGGUCUUCUUUACUCGCCAAGUGAUGAUUCACAGUACACAUUUUGUGAUGUUCGUCGUGUCAGAACUGUAGUUAGAACGAUCAAACCAACCAAAGCGCCAAUUCAACCAACUACAGAAGUUUCUACUGCAAAGGCUACAACUGAGUCUGAAGUCACAACUACAUCUAGUACAAACUUGGAAGCAACUGCAACAGCCACGGUUGUUGAAGAGAAUACGACAGAUCCCUCUUCGGAAUUCGAGACUACUACUACUACGACUCGAAUUCCUUCUGUUGUAAUUGAGACGUCUGGCUAGAGUUCUGAUUGCAGAAAAGACAUUGAUAAGACUCGAUUGUGUACUAUGCAUGCGGAGAUUUUACAUUCAGAAUUGUGUUUGCUUAAGCUUUUUGUAGAUCUAUAGAUGACUUCAAAAAUUUGUUCAGAAUUUACUUGACUGAGACUUCUGGAUAGAGCUUGCACAAUUAUUCCCUAAAUCAUUUCAUUGCUAAAUCAAGUGAA